AUGGAGGAAACAACAUCCGGAUUGAAAUUGAGCCCGAGAAUUCACCUUCGUCGCUACAAGUCAAGCGACAUCGACCUGAUCUGCAUGCUCAAUAAUGACGAAGGAGUAAUGGAAUACAUCGACAGCGAGCCACCAUCCAGGGAAGAAGCCGAAGAAGAAAUCCAACGGAUCAUUCAAGAGUACGAUAUCAGCCCGCGGUCUGGCAAGUGGAUAGCCGAAACACCUACACCUGAAGGCAUGGAAUUUAUUGGCUGGCUCCGACUUGGUGCUCUAGACGAGCUCUCACGGCAGUGCUUUGGUAGUACUAAUGCCGAAAGCAAUGAAGAAGUUGUACGGCUGGAACUUGGAUAUCGGAUUCGUCGUCGAUUCUGGGGUCAGGGGUUAGCAACUGAAGGAGGCCGAGCCCUUGUUCAGUAUGCCUUUUGUUCCCUGAACAUUGCCCAGGUAGUGGCAGGAACGAUGUUUGUCAAUUCACGAUCUCGUCGUGUCAUGGAGAAGUGCGGCUUGAAGCACUUCAAAACACUCCAUCUGGACUUUCGUGAUCCGCUCCCAGGUACAGAGCUGGGUGAGGUGUUCUAUGCUAUCACUAGAGAGGAGUGGCUGGAUUCCGCCGGUAGUUGCAAAGAGACUAUAUCUUCGGUUUAA